ACCAUAUCUUUUAUUCCCAUUCCCAUUCCUAUUCCUUUCCUUUCCUUUUCUUUCCUUUCCUAUUCCUUUCCUUAUCGUUAUUUCCACUAUUCAGCUUUCAUUCAUUCACUCUUCUUCUUCUCCGAUCCCACCAUAACUUCCAUGCCCUUUUUCUCUCUCCAUUGAACCUUCCAUUUCUCCACUCUCUACACUCCACUCACCACCCUCUCUCAUGGAGUCUCCUGAUUCUUCUUCUUACAUUUCUUCUCCUAAGCGAUCUGGAACCCCCAAAUCCCCCAAUUCAGAAUACGUUGAAAAGCCUACGUACAUCAAAUUCCUUGUAUCAAAUGCCGCUGCUGGUUCAGUUAUUGGCAAAGGUGGGUCCACAAUCACUGAUUUCCAGAAGGAGUCUGGGGCUCGGAUUCAGUUGUCACGUAAUCAGGAAUUUUUUCCUGGGACAGCUGAUAGAAUAAUUAUGUUAACUGGAAAGAUAGAUGAUGUACUGAAGGCGAUGGAUCUUAUCCUCAAUAAGCUGCUUAGUGAGAUCCAAUCUGAAGAUGGUGAUGAUGCUGACCAAAGAUCAAAAGUUAGACUUGUAGUUCCAAACAAUUGCUGUGGUGCCAUUAUCGGCAAGAGUGGAGCGACCAUAAAGUCAUUUAUUGAAGAUUCUGGAGCUGGCAUAAAGAUAUCACCUCAAGACAAUAACUAUAUUGGGCUGACAGAUCGGGUUGUGACGCUAACAGGUUCAUUUGAAGGACAGAUGAGAGCUACUGAUCUUAUCAUAUCCAAGCUGACAGAAGAUCCCCUCUACUUGCAAUCCAUGAAUGCUCCUCUAUCAUACCCAGGUGUUUUGUUUGGUGGUUUUCAAUGUGGGCCAUAUGCAUAUGUGCAUCCUCCAGUUGGACCAGUAGCAUACAAUUCAAACUAUGGGCCUAAUGGUGUCGGAGGAAGAUAUCCAAAUAAUAAGAUACAGGAAGAUCGAGGUAACUCCUUGACAAUUGGUGUUGCUGAUGAGCAUAUUGGUGUUGUGGUUGGUCGUGGAGGGAGGAACAUAUUGGAAAUCAAUCAGGCCAGUGGGGCGAGAAUCAAGAUUUCAGACAGAGGCGAUUUCAUGUCCGGUACAUCUAACAGGAAAGUAACAAUCAUAGGAUCGCUUAGAGCGAUUCGCACAGCUGAGGCGAUGAUUAAUCAGAAGGUGGCUUCGGUUACUGAGAGGUGAUUGGUUUGACUUUUGUACGCAAUACAUACAUAUCUUAUCGACCAAUGCUAGGACAAUUAGACUGCGUUCUUUCGAGUGGUUGAUGAGUAAUUCGGCUACAUCAGAAGUUAGAUAUUCAUUGCAUUUAGUUUAGUCUACAAUGUCCGUCAAUGUUGCUCGUAUAAGUUAUAUCUAUGGACGAGCUUCUCUUGGAAACAAGUAUACAUACAAUUGUUGUUUAGACACUAUUGUUACGUGUUGCUACAGGCUAUCGACUUCCAUUUUCUUUCCCAAAAUGUAGUAUUCUUUUUUUUUUUUUGGUUGUAAUUUUUGUUGUUCUUUAAUAGAAUUUGUUUGCUAUAUGUUCCCAUAAAUUAUGGAAUCGAGAGAUAAUUGAUUUGCUUCCAAGACUUUGUUUUAUGUUUUGGAAUUACAAUGGUGGAAUACUUUUUUCUUGGGCGUCUU